UUGAAAUUUUCUUUGGUGAAUUUAUGAAAAAUUGGGUGUUUGUAAUUUGUGAAAAGAGAAAGAACGAAACAGCAUACCGUUGGACCAAAAAAAUCGGAGCGGGAAUGGAGGAAGACGAUGAUCCAUGGUUAGCUCCCGACAAGCUCUACCAUUUCCUUCUCUGUUUCUCUCUCACAAUCCUCUUCGCUUCAUUCGCCCUUCACACGCGUUAUCCAUUCAUCCGUCGCCACUCCAUUCUCAUCGGAUCCGUCCUUUCUCUUUGCGCCGGAGCCGCCAAAGAGGUCGCCGACGAACUCGGCUUCUUCAAGUCCGCCGGAGCCUCCACCAGGGACGCUGUUGCCGAUUUAAUCGGCGUCUUGCUCGCUUCUUUCCUUCUUCACGCUCUCAGAUUCUCGAUCCGCAGCAGCGGCGGCGAUAAAGAAGCUUGCCCUAAUCGGGACAUUUUAAUGGUCUGAAAUGAUAUGAGAGGUUUUUCUUUUCUACUUGCUGAUGGAGGGAAGUGAGUCGACGUUUCUCGUGUUCUUGAUCAUCGAUGCGAUGAACAGAGGGAUUCGUUUGAGGUUCAAAGUGUUCUCUGGGUUAUUUAGGUAGGUCGGGCAAUCGAUCUGUUGUCAUCGUCGAAAGCUUGCUGCAGUAGAAGGCAAGCGAGAAUCACCAUCUUUGUCAGGCAACUUAACUGCAGUGUAGAUUCCAGCUCCACACAAUGUCCCUAAUAUGGGAGCUGUGAGGUAAAUCCAUAUGGCUUUGAAAUUGUUUGCUGCAAUGGCUGGCCCCAGUGUUCUUACUGGAUUCAUUGAAGCUCCAGUUGUUUGUCUGUUACAUAAUUAAAACGAAAAGCUUUUUUAGUUUGUUUGUUGUUUAAUGGAGGUAAUGUUUGUUCAUAAGAUAAGGCUCUAAAUUUUGAAACAAUAGCCACUUAGUUCGCAUCUGUUUAACUCAA